UUAUGAAUGACGGCCGGCGGGAGUGUUUUCCAGAUAAACUAGCUGUCGUUUUUCUCCUGGCCUCUGUGGAAGCGAGUGGUCUGCGGGCAGCAGCUCCCAGAGGCAGCCUGGGAAUUCCAGCUCGGGCUGGGCGGGAAGGCGCAGGCGGCCCAGGUCGCCGACACGCUCACGCACCCUACCUGCCUGGCCGCGCCUCUGCGACCAGGUUAGCCAGUGGACCAGGCUAUGUGAACUCACCAUCCCUUUGGCUAUUGAGAAUUUUCUCAGAGAAUCUUCUGACCAGCCCCCAACUAUACCUGUAGAAAUACUACAGCUAGAGAAAAAGCUCAGUGAGCCUGUUAGAGUGCAUAAUGAUGAUAAACUCCGCAGGCAGAAACUCAAGCAACAGAAGGCUGAUGGAGUUGGGCCUCCCCUUACUAAGGGAAAGGCAAAGAGCAAGGUCCACAUGCAGGAAACAUCUGAAGAGUUGGACUCUUCAUCUGAGAGUCUGGAACUGAAAGUGGCAUUCUCAAAGCUCACAGUGCAGGAAGAACCAGCUACUACCAACAGAGAGCCUUCUCACAUCAGAAAAGCAAAAGCCUCCGACCUUCCACCCCUGGAGCAUGUGUUUGCAGAAGGGCUUUACUUCACUCUGGCAGAUAUCGUGCUCUUGCCCUGUAUCCAUCAUUUCUUGGUAAUUAUCUGCAAGAAAUUUUCUGAGAAGCUGGUAGAAUUUCCAUUGCUAGCCUCUUGGUACCAGAGGAUUCAGGAAGUGCCAAGAGUAAAAACAGCAGCUUCUAAGUGUGGGAUCCAAUUUCUCCAUUUACCAAAGUUGUUGACAGUCUCAACUGAGCAGCGUCCAAACUUAAGUGAAGUCCCAGGUGUAGAAGAGCACAGCGAUCCUUUAUUUAUAGGAGGACCAAGACCAACCAUGGCCAAGUUAAUGGAAAAGGGCAUUGAAGUGAUGUUUUCUCCCCACCCUUGCCCUACUUGGACUGUUGAUUGGAAUGUUCUCCCUGCAGCAGUCAGCCCAAAGGAAGGUAAAAUGUCCAGUGAUCGAGCUUUGAGGAAGCAGCAACAGUUGAACAACCUUGUCUAUGUGGUAACAAAUCAGGCCAAACCUGGUGACAGAAUUGUGGAUUUCUGCAGCGGUGGGGGCCAUGUUGGAAUUGUCCUUGCGCACAUGCUGCCAUCAUGUCAGGUUACAUUAAUAGAAAACAAGGAAUUAUCAUUAAUUCGUGCUAAGAAGAGAAGUGAUGAACUGGGUUUAAGCAACAUUUGGUUCAUUCAAGCAAAUAUGGAAUAUUUUACUGGGAUGUUUAAUAUUGGAGUAGCAUUGCAUGCUUGUGGAGUGGCAACAGACAUGGUGAUUGAGCACUGUAUCAAAACACGGGCUUCCUUCGUCACAUGCCCUUGCUGUUAUGGUUUCAUUCAGAACACCUCAAAGUUUAAUUUUCCAAAAAGUGAGCAAUUCAAGAAAACUUUAUCAUACAAGGAACACAUGAUUCUGUGCAGAUUUGCAGACCAGACAGCUGUCCAGCUCCCACCCCAACGAAGGCUCAUAGGAAAACAGUGCAUGUGCUUGGUGGAUCUGGAUCGAGCAAGAGCUGCAGAAGAAUGUGGCUACUCCGUUCAAGUGAUAUCCAUGGAGCCAGAGAGCUGCUCUCCCAAAAAUAACAUGAUUGUGGGAGUCCCCAUUUAAAAUGAGACAUUCACAUUUGAUAUUUUGCCAUCCGUCUUCACGUUGGAUGCCCGGUGGCAUUCAGGAGGUUCUUGGCAUAACUAGGAAACAGCAUUAGCCAUCUUGAACCUAUUGUGCUCAGGAAGGAAAGCAAUAGGAAAAUCUUGGAAGAAAGGCUCCCUGCAAAGCAUCACAAAUGCUCUUACAAUGUAUGAUUAAAGGACUGCUGGUUUUCAUAGUGAGAAUCCCCUGAAGUCUCGGCUGCCAAAAGAAUAAUACCAGUGGAGGUUCCAUCACAGGAAUAACAAUUUCCUUCUCACUUCACAAGCUCUUCUGAUCUUGCCAAUGUGAUGUUUAAUUCAAAACAGCGCACUUACAGCCUUUAUUUUAUACUUACUUAAAUAUUCACAUGGGGACUGAAAGUAGACUCAGUAGAGUUUUUUUAAAUAUAUUUUUAACAAUUGUACUUUUUCUAUCACUUUAAAAAAAUCUAGUCAGGUAAUUAUAGUUAUUUUUAAGCUGGGGUUAGUUGAACUUGUAUAGCAUUUAAUAUACUCCUUUUAAAUAUAUUUCUGCCAGGCAUGGUGGCUCAUGCCUAUAAUCCCAGCACUUUGAGAGGCCAAGGUAGGAGGAUCAUUUGAGCCCAGGAUAUCGAGACCAGCCUGUGCUACAAAAAAAUCAAAAAAAUGAGGUGGGAGGAUCACUUGAGUCCAGGAGGUCACGGCUGCAAUGAGCCAUGAUAGCACCAUGGCACUCCUGCCUGGGUGACAAAGCGAGACCCAGUCUCCCAAUGAAUGAAUGAAUGAAUUUCCCAUAAAUUACCAAAUGAGACCAUCACUGGUUCAAAUUAUUAAUAAUUGCAAUAAAUUUCCUAUUAUGGGAAUGUGGAAUUUGAGGGUCCAGUAUUUUCAGGACCUUGGCCUAGAUUCUUUUCAAUUCAAAGAUGAGUUGCAAAAGACAUAAUGUUUUGCCUAUGGAAGUAAAUCAUCUAGAAGAAAAAGAUUAAAGAAUUAGUUAAGCUUUUUUUUUUUUUUUUUGGUGUGUCAAAGUUUCGCUCU